AUGUUCAAACAUAUAAUAAGACCCAUCAUAAAUCAAAGAUUCAUAUCUACAACUAAUAAAUUAUGGAAACCUGCUGCGUUAUCUACAGAAUAUCUUACUACUGCAGGCUCAACUCAAGCAGUUAUGCCAAAAGGUUUUAGACAACCAAAACCAAAAACAUGGGAAGAUGAUCAUGAAAGUGCAUUAUCAAAAGCUACAAAAUAUUUCUUUUUAUCCGAAAUAGCCAGAGGGAUGUAUAUUUGUUUAGAGAUGUUCUUUAGAUCACCUUAUACAAUAUAUUAUCCAUUUGAAAAAGGUCCCGUAUCUCCAAGAUUUAGAGGGGAACACGCAUUAAGAAGAUAUCCAAGUGGUGAAGAAAGAUGUAUUGCAUGUAAAUUAUGUGAAGCUAUAUGUCCAGCACAAGCAAUUACAAUUGAAGCAGAAGAAAGAGCAGAUGGAUCAAGAAGAACUUAUAAAUAUGACAUUGAUAUGACUAAAUGUAUAUAUUGUGGUUAUUGUCAAGAAUCAUGUCCUGUUGAUGCAAUUGUCGAAUCACCAAAUGUUGAAUAUUCAACUGCAACAAGAGAAGAAUUGUUAUAUAAUAAAGAAAAAUUAUUAGAUAAUGGUGAUAAAUGGGAACAAGAAUUACAAUAUUGUAUAGAUGCUGAUGCACCAUAUAGGUAA